CACAAGUCUCAACAACACAGACUACUAGGCCACUUACGUCAUCUCCGACAACACAAAUAUCACCGUCAAUGCCAACUGAUAUCAUCAAGCGAUGGCUUGACAAAUCUUUACUKAAAAUCAACCUCAAKGACAUUCUAAGGUAUAAUGACGACAUUGCURAUUUCUCCUGUGGGAUCGAUCGUUGUGGUAAGGAAGAAAGACGAUUGUCGACGUUUGACAAUGGACCAAAAUGCUUUUGUGAUAAAUACUGUGAGUCAUUUGGAGACUGUUGUUAUGAUUACAAACAGAGUUGCAAAAAUAWAAGUGCAUCAGAAUCUGAGGAACACGAACCAUCGUCUUGCAAGUACCAAAUACCUGCAACAUUCUAUGGCGUGACAGUCAUCAACACCUGUUCGUCACGCAAUUCCCCAAAGGCGGGGCCCAAUGGAUGUAACGCAAACGAACAAGAUGUUCUGUCUCUACUACCUGUGUUGGAUUUAAGCUCCAAUAAAACUUAUGGUAACGUCUUUUGUGCGUCAUGCRAUGACAAGAAGAACGUCACGCUAUGGACUGUACAAGCUUCUUGUAAACAGACAUUUASUGGAAACUAUUCUGAACCACAGMAGAAAAAACUGAUGGAUUUUGUUGCUCAUAAUUGUCAUCUUAGAUUUUACCCUCCAAAACGUUUCAACUUUCACCACCGCCUUUGCAUCCCAAGAUUACACGAUAAGCAUUACAAGUCAAUAAAUAAUUCACUUGACGAGGAGCAGCUUAGGAAAUUAUGCUUGUCAUACGCGUUCCCUAUGUGUGCAAUCACUCCUAACUUAACYCUUCGUUGGUUUAGAAAYCCKCAUUGCAUGCUUUAUCAAGGAAUGCGUCAUUUURAGGACGCRUACACCGAGUGGCCUUCCCACAUUAAACCAGAAAAAUUACCGCCACUGACGAUCUUCUUUGAUUUUCAAGAAACAAAGACCUACUCCAUUAGCAGUAAGCUUUCUAAUGAGAGUAAUCCCAAACAGCUAAUAACAAGACACAUCACUUGCCCAGAAGGUCAAGGUUAUGAUGUGUUUUCUGGGCGUUGCAGAGAAUUUUACAUAAUUGAAACGUACCAUACAGAGACCAAUCCUGACAAUGCAACAAAUUGUACCUAUAUUAAGCUUAAGGAGGACGAAUAUCRUCUGUUUGAUAAUAACACCUUGCUCUAUGCCAGCAAAUUCGUGCCGAAGAAAAACUACUACAAAAUCAACAACACUUUGUACGUGUGCGUAAACUUAACAAAGAACUUCACUAUAUUGGAGUCAAAGCACAAGCCCCRCUCCGUGUUUAACGAUGUGCUAGUUGGAYUGACGGUUACUGGAUAUAUACUUUCAAUWAUUGGUUUAAUCCUACUGGUUAUGACCUACGUUCUCUUGCCUGACCUCAGAAACCUCCCUGGGAAAAUCAUUCUUAGUUUAGCGAUGACCAUGUUGGCCUACAUCAUGCUUUAUUUCUUCAUCAAUCGAUCAGACCAUCGMUUUGUCUGCCACGUGGUUGGAAUUGGUUUACACUUCUGUCUACUGUCCAUGUUUGCUUGGAUGAACGUGAUGGCCUUUGAUAUUCAUUAUACUUUCACAAGAAAAGGUCAGAGUAGUGAUCGAAGAACAGGGAGUGGUUUCAUCACAGGUGUUUAUCUGAGAUAUGCACUGUACGCUUGGUUUGUGCCUUUGUGCAUAACUGCCGUGUCYGUUACUCUGGAGAUUACUCACACUUUCUUGAUUGGAUACGCAUCUGGACCUUACUGUUUUAUCAACAACGUUUACGCCAAAGUCUACCUACUGGUUAUCCCUGUGGGACUCAUCCUACUGUACAACACUUUGGCCUUGUGUCAUACGCUGAUUGAUAUUAGGAAAGUACAAAAGCAAGCCAUGAAAGCGACCAAUCAAAAACACAACGURGAUCUACCGCUCGUCUGCGUCAAGAUGACGUCUGUCAUGGGUGUCACGUGGAUUCUGGGUUUCGUUGUUAACUUCAAAGCCUUAGCAUUUCURCAAUAUCUACAUGUCAUCCUAAACAGCUUACAAGGGUUGUUAAUAUUCAUCUCCUACGUGCUCAACAAAAGAGUUUUUAAAAUGUACCGUUCCUAYUUCAACACGAUGAGAGGAAAGCGCCUUUCAGUGACGAGCAAGAAAAGUACAAACGUCAGUCCUUCAACCUGAUCCUCCACGAUUCACGUCUGGACAGUGAAUGCAUACAUGUAUGGAACUYAACUUUGCUCAAGUGAAAUAAGGGUGUCGGUAUUCAAGUUUCACAUACUAUAUCCAAUCGGUCUACGAACCAUAGUUAAUAGUCUAUUAACUAUGUACGAACCAAUGGACUUUAUCACUGCAUAAAAUAGAAAUCUCCAAACUUGAAAUAUCUUUAAUUGGCUGAUUGCUGUUUGYUAUAAUGACAUUCUAAUCUGAUGUGGAGUCAACAUAUCCUUUCCGCUAGGAUGGAUUAGAAUAGAUCAUAUAUUGCGGCGGAAAAGCGCGCGUCCAGUGACAGUGGAUAUGCGUUUAUCGUUUAAGUCAGAACCUCACAGAUAAUUACUUAUAUCCCUUAUGAUAAAAUACAACUUGAWUCACAUGCAUUUGUAUAAAAACAUUUUCAUUACUCGAAAUUUAAGCCGCCAGAUCAUAGCAGCGGACGAGGUUUUGUUGUCCAUGUAUACUUCUAGUUUUAUUAUAUAGCACUUGCUUUCGAGUAAAACUUGCAUGGGUUUCUUCGCCGCCAUUUUGUACUCGUGGAAAUGAGGUGAUACCUCCAAAUAGUGUAAUGGAGCCAAUGUUUCAGCAAAAAAAUAUACGGCGUAACUAAUCAAUGAAAAACUAUGUAUAUAAUCUACAUCCACAAGUCGUCUUUCUAUAAGCAGGGGAAAACUUUUGGUCAUUCAAUUACCAUACGCAAAUUUAGAAACUUUGCAGGGGMAACAAAAAUGAUAAAUCACAUGCAAUCGGAUACAAUCAAUUGUAAAUAGAGUAGGGUCCUAUAGCAACAGAUAAUAAUGUAAAAUAAAGAUAUAUAUAGUGAAAAUCAAAA